CCUUCAAUUCUGCCGAUAGACAUCUGAACACCUCAUUGACAUUUCAUUCAAUACUGAAACUGAACUGACUCAUAUUUUCGGCAAUAUUAAUUACGAAUUAUGUUGUUAAAGUGGACAGCUAUUUAAUAAGAUAAUAGUACGAGUGUGUUCUGAAUUUUAAAGUAAUUAUAAUUCUAUAAAUUAGAUUACGAUGGCAGCGACUAGAAGACUUCAAAAGGAGCUCAAUGACAUCAGACAGUCUGGACUGAAAUCUUUUAGGGACAUUCAGGUUGAUGAAUCAAAUAUAUUAACUUGGCAAGGAUUGAUUGUUCCUGACAAUCCUCCCUACAACAAAGGUGCAUUCCGUAUUGAGAUUAACUUCCCUGCAGAGUAUCCUUUCAAGCCACCAAAAAUAAGUUUUAAAACUAAAAUCUAUCACCCAAACAUUGAUGAGAAGGGUCAAGUUUGUUUACCCAUCAUUAGUGCUGAAAAUUGGAAACCAGCAACUAAGACUGAUCAAGUUAUCCAAGCUCUUGUUGCGCUUGUCAAUGAUCCAGAACCUGAACAUCCCUUACGUGCAGAGUUAGCUGAAGAAUUCCUUAAAGACAGGAAAAAGUUCACAAAGAAUGCAGAGGAAUUUACCAAAAAACAUAGUGAAAAGAGACCAACAGAUUAAACUAUGGAUUGAGUUAUUUUUACAGCAAAGUUAGUCUAAUGUGAUUAGACCGCUUGUGUGAAGUUAUUAUAGCCUCAGCUAGAUAAAAAUAGAUACUUAUUUUAUUAUUUCUUAUGUUACAUAUUAUAACAGUAUAGUCAUUCAAAUAAGAACUGCAUUUACAUUGUUGCUUGAGUAAUUCAUACAAGAUUCUAAUCAUCUUAGACCAUACUAAGCUAAAGCUGUUUAUGUAUUUUUAUGCCUAAAGGGAUAAAAAUAAUAAUCAUAUUAAAUGUCCACAUUGCUUGCAAUACACUAUGCACUGUAUGUAAAAUCAGUUUAGAUGUAAUAGAUAAUGAUCGGCUUGAAUUAAUCGCUUCAUUUUUAUUUUCGACUAGGGGUGACUUUAAAAUUUGAAUGGGAAGUGGUUUAUGGAUCCUUUACUUAAAUUAUUAGUUUCAUAUGAAGAUAUGUUUAAUAUUUUCAUGUCUCUUUUUAUUUCCUGUUGAUGAGAAGUAAAAAAAAAUUGAAUUAUUGUAAUUUCAUAUAUUGUCAAUGAACAUCAGGUAAUGUGUGGCUUUGGCCUAAACUGUAUUAAUAUGAUAUGUAAAUACAUAAUAAUAUAUAAAUGAGUACUGAAUCAACAGUUUAUAAAUUAAAGAACAAAAGUUUAUUCUAUGCGCCUAUUGUUAGAAUGUGUGAUUAUCAACCAAUAAUAUGUUUAUAUUAAUUGAAAUAUAUUUUAUAUUAUUGGUUGAUAUAUUGUUGUCAUAUUUUCAACUACACUUUACAGAUUACUACAUUAUUUAAUUUUCUUAUAAGUUUAUGCAUUAAUAUUAUAUAUCUUGCUGUGUGUUGAACUGUUCAGUGAAAGAACCUUAAAUAAAUAUUUUUUUUCAA